AUGCUCGUGCCCCAGUCGAAAGUUUUCCGUGCAAACAUGCUCUGGGGCUGCUGGUGGAAUGGUCGGAAGGGCGUAAUGCCGUCGACGGACGAGCCGGCCGACUUCGCGGCAGAGUGGUUGUCGCGCCGCGAGGAGAAGGCCGAGAACACCGGCGAAAGCGGUGACGAGGUUCCCAAGAAGUCUCCCGACCCGGCGACAGCGCAGAAGCGUGCCGACCGCGUUGCGGGCGGGCUCGUCGAAUUGGACCUGUGGAUCACCGAUCAGAUCCGCAGUGGUCUGGCAGCGAUGGACACAUCCUGGGCGGGCUUCGACGCGGUAGCCGCUCGAAUGGUGGAUGCUCAGGCGCCCGGUAUUGCAGGCACGCUUCGAGCAUUGGCGGGAAUCGUUGCGUCUACGGAGAACUGGCCCGAGAAGGUCCUCGACGAGUUGGCUCGGUUGCACCUGCUGGUCGCUGCGCAUCAGAAGCUGUCCGAGUUGCCGGAAGAUCUUGCCUAUUCGGUGAAAGCGCACGUCGGCUAUCCCGUCUCAACCGAGAGUGUGAUGGAAUCGAUUCCGGUGAAAGAGAACUGGAUGAUUCUCGGUUCCGGGAUCACCGAGGAGAAGCGACUGUUCACCCGAACCGUGGAUGCUCGGCAGGAAUUCGAAACGGUGGGCCAUGCUGCUCGACUUCUCCACGGGUCACCCAACUUUGCCACCGAAACGCCGCCAGUCGGGUUUCUGCUCAAUGCCGAUGUUCAUUUCUAUCCCGGUGCCGCGGCAUUGCGGGCGCGGAUGGGGGCAACGCACGGUGAACCGGAGCCCUUCACAACCAUGCCGUUCCGGAAGCAUCGACGCUGCGUUGCAGCAGUUUGCCGAUGCCCUCGCCGCAGAUCCCUGGUUGCGCUCGUGGCCGGCAGUGAUCAGUUCGCGCUUCGGGCAGAGGGUGAUUCGGAUCUUCUGUGGAAGUUGCUCGGUAUUUCCGGCGGUUACCCGGUCACGGUCUGCGGAACGUGGAAUGCGCUGGCUCUUACUCCGAUCUCGGUUUUCGCAGGAGGGCAGGUGAUCGUGCUAACCUCGACAACAUUCGAGGAGCUGCCGGCCGAAGUGCGAGGCCAUGCCCGCGAACUCGACGGCGAUCCUGCCGAGAUGCUUCUGGCAGCAGCGGCGUCUGAAAGGGCGUACCGCCGUGGCGGUGCGGGCUCCACCACGGCGGCGUCGACACCUGCUCCAGACGAUAGCGCGAUUCACGCUGCCGGAAUCCUCAUCGGUGCACCUGCUGUCGAUGCUCGCUGGCCAAGGCGACCUUGCUCGACGAAUGGUUCGCAGUCGCGUUGGAGCGCAACUAUCGUGCGCCUGAUCAUCUGGUCGCCGAGUUGCUUUCCUUGCACGUGCGAGCGAAGCUCACCGGAGAGCAUCCUGCAGAUCGUCGGCGAGCGUGGCCGAUGGCUAGCCGCGCAAAACCUGAGUGGAACAAGCUCGUCCGGAACCAGGGAUGCAAAUCCGGAUACACUCGCCGAACAGAUCCCGCUGGCACUGGCCGAACUCAGAAAAUCGUGGGGCACCGAGCGGGGCGAACAGAAGGCUGCAUUUGUCUCGACUCUGGCAAUCGGAUCGAGCGCCGACGAUCAACCAUUGUUGGAGGAAGCCCUCGACGACCGUCGCAAGGACGUGCGAUCGCGCGCAGCAGCGGAGGUGCUCGGACGUCUUCGGAUCGGAGUUCGGGGGCGAAUCGCUGCGCGGGUUCAGAAAUGGGCGCGGGUGAGCGGAAACUGCUUCGAUCCACGUUGGUCAUCCUGCCGCCUGAGGAAGUCGAUGCGGCGUCGAGGCGAGACGGCAUCGAAGAUCGGCCGGAAUCCACACACCGACUAUCGUGCCGAGUAUGUGCGUCAGGCGAUCAGUUCUGCACCGUUGUCUCUGUGGAACAACAUGAUCGUACGCUUGGUCCACCGCUGCAGUCGCGCAGAACAAUGCGGAAUGGGCGCUGGAACUCUUUCGCAUACGCGGCACGGCCACCGAUCGACGCCUACUCCCGUUGGUGCCGGCCAAGGCGCGUUGGCUGACCUGUUGAGGUCUGGAAACGGCGACGCCAAUGUUCUGCACCCGGGUCGGGCAGCGAUCUCACGACGCCUCUGGCAGGUCCAUGGCCAGACGACAUACCCGGGCAGUCGUGGCCCAGUGGGAACGAGUUGCGGCCAGACGUGCCGAUGGGGGCGCCACAGGCCGGCGAAUUCUCGCGCUACAAAUAGCAGCGCAUCGCUACGCCUAGCCGAGAGUCGAUUUCCCUACAGCGCAGUAACUUUGCUCGAUCGGGCUGCGGAACGUGCACGUGACCCGGACUGGCGGCAGACCUUCGCCAGAACUGCCAGCGCCAUCACUUACCGCAAGACCCCUGCUCGAGGAGCUCACAUGACUGACAGCGUAACCGUGCCCACCACAGAACCGGCAAAAAGC